AUGCCACCAAGACAACAGAGCAAAAAAAAAGAGGAAGACGGUUUAUAUCUUGACGAAGAAGACAAAAAACAGCUAGAACUACUGCCAGAGGCUGCCAGGGAAGAGAUACUGUAUGAAAGACACAUGCGAAAGACAGAGGCAAAAGAAAGACAAGAGCUAAAGCACAGAAGAAGAGAGUUUGGGGACGAGAGCGAUUCGGAGAGCGAAAGCAAGGAUGUGUACGGCAUACACGAGAAAGCGAUUCCAAGGAUAGUGUCUAAGACGAGCUUUGACGUGUUUAAGAAUGUUGUUCUGAGACGAGACGAUCUCAUCAGCAUUGUAUACAGAAGAGCCAUAGACAGACUGAAGGGAUACUACGUGAAAAUACGGCUCCCAGAGGGAUAUUGUGUGUACAGGAUAUUAAGAGUUUACGAAGACAAAAGGUACGAAGUAAACGGCGUUGUAACGAACAAAUGGAUGUCGCUGGGGCGAAACAAAGACAGAAAAGAGGUGAACAUCCAGAGCAUAAGCAAUGCACCGGUGACAAAGGAGGAGUACAGCCGGUAUGCACGCGAGAAUACGAUAGAGGGAGGAGAUAAAGAGAUACUGCGGCUGUACAAGAAGCUGUCAAGAGAUUUAGAAAGCGGAGCCACAGAAGAAGAGCUGAACUACUCGCUUACCCAGAAGAGAAGAUUUUCAAAGUACGGAAAAAUUGCAGUAAAAAGAAGAAUUGAGCUAAAAGUUAUGCUGGAGAGAGCAAAGGCAGAAGAUAGACAAAACGAGGUUGAGGAGAUAGAAAAAGAGCUUAAGGAAAUAGAGGAUGCUGCAGGAUCUGAGUAG